CUUUCUCGCAAGAACUCCUUUCCGUAGGCUUACCAUCUUGUGUAUCGGGAGAGUUAUCACCUAGAAGAUCCUUUGUGCUGCAAGUUUUUUUUUCAUUAAUGAUAAGUUUCCUUUAAAUUCAUCAUUGCUCUCCUCAAACUCCCAAAAAUUAUUUGUAGCGGAUUUGUCGGAAAGAGUUCACGAACGUUUCAACGCGAGUCUGAAUGGAAUUCCAUCGUAUCGAAAGGUGCCGCUUCAGUGUGUCAGUUUCAAGUGUUUAUUGAGUGUCAAUUUACGUGAAUAUCGCCUCUUUAUGGUGUUUUUCCGCCGAGUGUUUUUCUUCCUUUACAAUAACUGGCCCUAUCCGUCUCAACAACUGCGUCAGUUCAUUCGAUCCUCCUCGAAAAUACCCAUCUAACUUGGGAUGUGAUUCUUACUUUGACCAUCCAUUAACCUAAUCUCCCGGAGACAGUUUUUAAAUUUAUAAUUUUGUCCAUAUGAUCAGUUUUAGAUACUAUCCAUGGCGUUAUUAAGUAACUAUUUUGCAAUCGGUCCUAGCAAGAGUGCUCCGAAAGCACUCAUAGUCCAGUUUUGAAGCAUAAUUCAUCUUACACAUUAUCACUGGAUAAGUGCUCAAGUUAUAUCAACAUUAACUUUUCAAAACUCUAAUGACUUUUUUCAAGCUAUGCAUUCACUGAAACUUGUUGUUGUUUUAAAUUUCUACUAUUUUAAAGAAGAGCUAUGCCUUUAUGUCCAAUCUGGAGACUAGAGCGUGGAAUCCUCAUCAGAAUCAGGCCCCCGUCGGCAGUAGGAGUAGUGAUGAACUCCUGAGUAUCAGCCGACUGGGUGCCACAGAAUGGGUUUAGAGGUACUAGUGGCAGCGCUAUUUUUGAAUUUGUUGCGUGGAGUGGGUAGUCAUGAUUCCAACCUGAUUGUUGCCUCUUUCCCCUCUGCCACACAACAUGGUAACUGCUCCGUCACCAGGUUGAAUCAUCUUGCUGUUGACAGUGCAUCGGGCCGCAUUUAUGUUGCGGGUGUCAAUCGGCUGAUUCAACUCAAUUCAAAUCUGCGUUUGGAAGAAUGCAAAGUGACUGGGCCCAUAGAAGAUAGUCCUCUGUGUCAUGCUACCGGGUGUACUGAUAAUAUCCCCAAAACACCCACCGAUAAUGUGAACAAAGUGCUUAUUCUUGACCCUGAAUCUAAGUCUGUGAUAGCUUGUGGCUCUGUAUCCCAAGGAGCAUGUGUAAAAUACCGUAUGAAUAUUUCUCUCUCAUCUGACUUUGUUCCUAAUAGUAUUGCUGCCAAUGAUGAAAAUGCCUCCACUUACGCUUUCAUUGGCCCAGAAAAUUAUGACAAGUGGAAAAAAUCAAAUGUCCUCUAUGUUGGAACGACAUUUACGAACCGUGGUGACUAUCGGAAUGAUGUUCCUGCUAUCUCCAGCCGAAAUCUAAAUGAUUUAAAUGUGUUCGAAAGUAACUUCAAAGAGUCUCUUCUUCAGAUCGAUGUCAAACAUCGAGACCACUUUUUAGUUAAAUAUGUCUACGGUUUUAAUUCAAGCGAUUUUGCUUAUUUUGUGAUAAUUCAGAAACAGUCUCAUCUACCUGGACAAGAAGAGCUGGGAUAUACGACAAGGCUAGCACGAGUCUGCAUAACAGACCAGAAUUAUGAUAGCUAUACAGAGGUAACACUACAAUGUUUUGUAAGAAAUUCAUCAAAUCCUGACAAGGAGCAGAAAAUAAACUACAAUUUAAUUCAAGAUGCCAAAAUUCUGUCAGCUGAAGAUGAACUCGCGCAAAGCCUUGGCAUUGAUCCUGGAAGACCAAUCUUAGUAGCUUCCUUUUCACCUAGUAGAGGCAUUUCCAACGAUCCAGCACAGCAGUCAGCACUAUGUGUCUACAGCUUACAAGAUAUUGAAAUGAAAUUCAAUGAAAAUAUACACAUGUGCUUCAAUGGAACGAUCAAGUAUCGAAAUAUGGAGUACAUAUCAGGACUCAUCUCUGAUGGCAACUGUCCAACCACAGGAACUGCCGGAAACAUCUUGAACUUCUGUGAUGUUGGUUUGAAAAUAUCAGGUGUUGAUCCCAUCACAGCUGUGGCAUCAUUCCAUGCACCAACGGAUCUGAUAACCUCAGUCACUGUUGCAACAACUGGCCGCAAUGUAGUUGCAUUUUUGGGGACCUCUACUGGAUCUUUGAAGAAAGUGCUAUUAUCAAGUGCAUCAAGAGGCAUACUAUACGAAGAAUUGAUACUUGACAAAGGCAAAGCCAUUCUGCCAGACACAACCAUCAGUCCUAAUCAAGAAUUCCUCUAUGUUCUGACAACUUCAAAGGUCUUGAAAAUAAACGUGGAGCAUUGCAGUGGAUUUACAAGCUGUUCCACCUGUCUAGAAUCCAAAGAUCCAUAUUGUGGCUGGUGCUCUCUCGAAAGGAGAUGCACUGUGCGAAGCACUUGUCAGAAAGCAAGCCACAGUUCACCUCGGUGGCUUUCCUUAGAUGCUGGGCAACAAUGCAUAGACUUCGAGCAGAUCUUGCCUGAUCGAAUUCCGAUCAACCAAAUGGCUAAUGUGAGGCUAACAAUUCGCACACUUCCAGAGUUACCAUCAAAUGCCAAGUAUCGAUGUGUUUUUGGCUCAGCGGAUCCGAUUGAUGCAUCAGUCACUAGUUUUGGCCUCCAAUGUCCAACACCAGAGGUUAGCAAACGACCCAGCAUCCCAGAGGGCAAAGAUCACGUAAAUGUUGCUUUAUCAGUGAGAUCUUCGGAAACUAACAAAGACUUUGUAAGCAGGAACUUCGCAUUUUAUGACUGCUCAGCUCACAACAAAUGCUCAUCUUGUGUUCAGUCCCAAUGGGCUUGCAAUUGGUGUGUCUACGAAAACAAGUGUACUCACAAUGCCUCAGCUUGUCAAUCAACAAUUAUCAGCGGCGUGAAUAAUCCAGCGAAACUAUCGAUGCAUGGAGCUAAUGCUUGCCCAAGAUUUAGAAAACCACCCACUCCCAUUCUGCUCCCCAACGGUGUACCUAAGGAGAUUAUUUUGCAAGUAGAAAACUUGCCACACCCUCAGGCUGGUCAUUCAGGCUUUCAGUGUGUUGUUGACAUAGAGGAUGCAAAAAUGAUGGUGCCUGCUCGUGUCGAAACGGAUCGAUUUAUUGUCUGUGAUAAAACAACUUAUUCUUAUGAAGCUAACACCGGUGAGUAUGAGGCGACAGUGACUAUGGUAUGGAACCGUAAUCAUCACAUCGAUACAAUCAAAGUGACUCUGUACAAGUGUGAAAUACUCGGUUCACACAGAGAACAUCCCGAUUGUUCAUUGUGCAUGACGAGGAAUGUCAAGUAUAAAUGUACCUGGUGUAUCAACUCAUGUAUGUUCUUCGAAUCUUGCCUACAACCACCAGCCCAGGAGUGUCCCAAGCCUAGGAUUGAUAUGAUCAAACCUCUGAGCGGUCCUGUGGAAGGAGGCACUCUAGUUACUAUUGAGGGAAGUAACCUUGGUUUGAAAGAACAAGAUGUGGCUGGAAAAAUUCACAUAGGAAAAACUCCUUGCCGCCUUACUGAGUAUGAAGUCUCCGUCAAGAUCGUUUGUAAAACUGGUGCAUCCGAUAUUGAAAAAGUUGCGUCUGUCGUUGUCGGUAACGAUGCAGGAUUAACAGAAUCUUCCGUCCAUUUUAGCUAUAAGAGUGUGAAACUAGAAGGAGUUACGCCAAUGAUUGGUCCAGUUAGCGGGGGCACCCAGUUAGCAAUAACAGGCCAGCAUUUGAACAUAGGGAGCCACGUCAGUGCUUAUUUGGAUGAGCUCCCUUGUUUGGUGAACAUCACACAAGCCUCCAGCACUCGGAUCACGUGCAUCACUUCUCGCUCUCAUGCCCCUCGGCCAAUCAACGUGCUAACUGUCUCCAUCGAUGGUGCCAAUAGAACUCUAGCUAGUCGCCCGUUCAUCUUCAAGGCUGAUCCAACAAUACUCGAAAUCAAACCUUUAAUGAGCUUCAUCUCUGGUGGUCGAAUGAUAACAGUUCAUGGCACCAACUUGGACACAAUUCAAAAACCUGAAAUGGUUGUCUUCGUGGAAUCCAUCAACAAUCCCAUCAACAAAACUGAAUGCGUUGUUCUGAAUACUGCCCAAAUGGAGUGUCCUUCCCCAGCCAUCAAUCAGCAGUUUCAUAGAGCGUCAACGAGGCUCCAUCGGCGCCGCUCCCUCUCCUCCCCAAAGUUACAUGUCUUUCAUUUAUCUCUCAAAAUUGGUUUCAUCAUGGACAGCGUGGAAACAGUGACUGACUUGGAGAAGCACUUCAAAGGCCUCCCGUCACACCUGCGCUAUGUGGAUGACCCCAAGUUCUUUCAGUUCCUAAAUAAUGUAAAAUUGUACAAAGGGGAUACUUUGGUUAUUGAGGGUGAAAAUUUAAACUUAGCCAGUGAUGAGACUGAUGUUAAUGUAACAAUCGGCACUGUUGCGUGCAAUGUUACAUCAUUAGCGAGCAGUCAGUUGGUCUGUACACCGCCUCUGGUUCAGCCAGAACCAACUGAUGAAAACGGAUUUGCUACACAUACAGGGCUUCCUCUUGUUGUUGUUCGAGUUGGACGAAGUUUGCGGUUUCGAAUUGGUUAUCUACGUUAUGAAAUGAUUACGCCAUACUUCUUCCCCCCGGAAGCAAUUGCUGGAAUUAUUACCGGUGCUGUGUGCCUUCUUUUUGUAUUCAUUGUUGUUCUCAUUGUGUACAGGCGUAAAUCAACGCAAGCUGAGCGCGAGUACAAACGUAUACAGAUACAAAUGGACACGUUAGAAAGUAAUGUUCGGUCAGAGUGCAAACAAGCUUUUGCAGAGUUACAAACUGAUAUGACUGACCUUACUGCUGAUUUGGAAUCUUCAGGCAUUCCAACUUUGGAUCAUAAUGAUUAUAUUUUGAAGGUAUUUUUCCCCGGUGUCAGAGAUCAUCCAAUUCUCAAUGAUCCAAAGGUGCGGAUGAAUGCUCCACCGACUAAUUAUGAUGCGGCAAUGAUACAAUUUGAGCAGCUCAUGAACAACAAAUACUUUGUAUUAACUUUUAUUGACACUUUAGAAUCUCAAAAAACUUUUAACAUUCGUGACAAAGUGAAUGUAGCAUCAUUACUAAUGGUAGUAUUAAUGAAUAAAAUGGAGUAUGCAACAGAUGUCCUUCGCUGUCUGCUGCUGAGGCUCAUUGAAAAAUCAGUCGAAACCAAGCAUCCACAGCUAAUGUUGCGACGAACUGAAUCAGUCGUCGAAAAGAUGUUAACCAACUGGAUGGCACUCUGCAUGUAUAAGUAUCUCAAAGAUUAUGCAGGGUCAUCCCUAUUUCUACUGUACAAAGCUAUUAAGCAUCAAAUAGAAAAAGGACCAGUUGACGCGUUAACACAUGAUGCCAGGUACUCCCUCUCAGAGGAGAGACUAUUACGAGAGCAGAUUGAACACAGCGUUGUGAAUAUUCGUCUUGUUCAGGAGGAUCGUUGGAAUGAUAAGAUUCCAUACCAGCCUUAUCACACUGUACAUAUGAUACAAGAUGAUGUUGAUGAAAAAGUCCAGUGUAAAGUCUUAGAUUGUGAUACAAUAAGCCAAGUAAAAUCAAAAAUACUAGAUGCUUUAUACAAAAAUACACCUUUCUCUUUAAGGCCUUCCAUCCAUGAUGUUGAUCUCGAAUGGAGACAUGGAAGAGGGGGUCACCUAACCUUGCAAGAUGAGGAUCUGACAACAAAAACGGUUUGUGGUUGGCGCAGACUAAACACUUUGGCACAUUAUGGUGUCAAAGAAUCGGCUGUGAUGUCUCUUAUACCUCGUCAAAAUGAAACGUACCAUGCAAAUCUGGAAAAGACCUUUCAAAAUUGCACCGGUCCGUACCACUUCACAAAUUCUCUCUCAGCAGAGGUGAUGACAAAUGGGGACCUGGAGACAGGAAUGAAUGCAAAUUUGUAUCAUUUGGUGCGGCCCAUAGAUGAUCAUCAGUUCCAGACAAGUAAAACGAGUGAGCGUACGCACAAAGCCAUCCCAGAGAUAUUUCUCACAAGGUUGCUCUCAACAAAAGGCACGAUCCAGAAAUUUGUUGAUGACUUUUUCAGCACAGUUCUCACAGCAAAUGAAGCUCUCCCGCCUGCAGUCAAAUGGUUGUUUGAUCUGUUUGAUGAAGCUGCUAAGAAACACAAUAUUGCCGAUCCAGAGGUCGUGCAUGCUUGGAAAUCGAAUAGUCUUCCGCUGAGAUUUUGGGUGAACUUUAUCAAGAAUCCUGAUUUCAUUUUUGAUAUAAAUAAAACACCUACAGUUGAUGCAUGUUUAUCAGUCAUUGCUCAAACAUUCAUGGAUUCUUGCUCUACAACCAACCAUAGGCUAGGCAAAGACUCACCAUCCAAUAAAUUAUUGUUUGCAAAAGAUAUUCCUCAUUAUCGGGAAGCAGUUACCAGGUUUUACUACGAAAUUCAAUUAAUGCCUCAGAUAACGGACCAGGAUCUAAGUGCCACCAUGUCACAACUAUCUUGUAUGCAAUCUAGCAGUUUCCAUACAGUGUCAGCUUUAAAAGAGUUGUAUAUUUAUGUAUCCAAGUAUAGCGAUCAGAUCUUUGAAUCCCUGGAAGCUGAUACUUAUUGUAGUAAAAUGCACUUAGCACACAAGUUAGAAAACGUUGCUUGCACUUUGGAAGGUGAAGAGACAUCGGCAUGCUGACAAGUAAGGUCACCUGACUCACUACCAUCUGAAUAUUUCAUACAGUAUCGAAUUUAGACCCAUUACAGCCAUUUUACUUUUAUUAUUCUCCCAGUUGAUAUUCAUUUUGUAUCAAGAGAAUCAGUUUUCCCCUUCUGUUUUCUACGAUCCUGUUACUAAUGAUUUUAUGUCAAUGACUAAUAAUUUCUUAUAGUAUUUUCAAUUAAUCAUUGUAUGUCCAAACUGAGUGUAAUAGUUUAUACCUGAUCGCUUGCACUCACUGUCUUCCAAGAAGGUGAAGUGUUAGUUUCUAAACCGAGGAAUCGUUUUGUUACUUGACCUUAUUUGGCUCUCAUCUGAAAUCAAUAGAUUUAUUCAUUAGCUCAAUUAAACUCAACAGUUCUUCACAAAAUCCUAAUUUAAUCAAAUUAAACUGCCACUUGCUGUUGCCAGACUCUUAUUAUUAACUUUCAAAUUUCAUAAGCUCCUUCAAUUUCCAAAUUCAUCUCAAUUAUUAAUUUUGUUUUGAGCCUUAUUCAACGGAGUAUAAUAUCAUCAUCCAUUCAUCUGAAGUCAAUUAAAGAUAAAAAGAACACCAGUACAGCAUUCAUCGUCAAGUGACAGAUGGUGCAAGUUAGAUCAGAAAAAAAUUA